UGUGGGCAUUGUUCCCUUUGCCUUUCCUAAAACGGGAGAACUUCAACAAAAAAAAAAAUUGACACUGUCAUGUCACUGCCAUUGUCAUUCAUAGCCAGAUUGGUGUAAGAUUAUGUUGUUCGUUUUAGACGGUUUUAGAGUUUUGAACCAUCACUUAAAAAAUAUAAUUUAAUUAAAUUGAAUGCAUUUAAAGAAUUUAAAUAGGGCACAGGAAAGUGAAUGUGUAAAUUAAACAGGUUAUUUUAUUUUCAUAGAAUAGUAACCAACCAUAAUAUCUUAAGUUUCUCGAUACAACUAUGAGAAAAUAAUUUCGAGCUAGCGGUUUUGAUUUCAAAGAUAUUUAAAAUGGAUCUUGAAACUUCGGCAAGAGAACACAGCUCUGCUCUUUCCUCCAAUCGCGCUAAUGAACGGAAGAAGAGCGCGGAGGCUCUAAAGGACCUGUUAACAAGAAAUGCGUUACCAUCUUUACUGUCUAAGAACUCGCUAAAAAAAAGAGGAUUCUCAUGGAAUGAUUUAUUUGAUGACAUUAAUGAAUAUAUACUUAAGGAAACAGAAAAAUUUGAAACAACAAAAACAUUUUUCAGUGUAACUGGCCCUCUUUGUACAAGCUUACUUCAUAUAUGUAUAGCAGGAGCAAAUAAAGGACAAGCCUACCUAAAAUGUGACAAGAUUUUGGUUGCCUGCUUGUUUAUACUAAAAAAUAACCGCUUGAGAAGAGCUAUUGGUGAUGCAUAUCUGAAUCUUCUGUACAAGUAUGUGCUGUCAUGUGAUCAUUAUCUCGGUUAUAUUACACCAAGUCACUGGGAAGAUUUACUGGAUGUUAGUAUUUCUAUAUGUUUGUCAAGUGAUUCAAAAUUGGACAACUAUACCAAGCUAAGACUUGCUUCAUUGAUCAUUAAAAAUGGAAAUAAAUACUGUCAAAUAAUUUCACCAAUGAGAGAUUCCAUUUCAAAACUAAAAAAGUGUUUCCAUCUAGUACAUAAUGAAAAGAAGGUGCAAGAAAUUAUAAUAGAAAUCAUAAUCCUUUUACUAGAAACGUUAACGACAGAAAGCCGUUUAUUGAUGUGUGAGUUCUCUGAAAGUAUCCUGCCUCUAAUAUCAAAAUUUUAUGAUCACAGUUUAGAAAUAAAGAAAAAGAAUUCCUUAUUUAAAUUAUUUGAAAUGAUAGUUUCUAUCCACCACCCAGCUGGGAAAUUGCAAAAUGAAGAUGGAAGCCUAGCGUACGAUUGGGAAACCUGGAAUAGGCAUGUUAAUACCAUUAUGGAGAUAAUUACUUUAGAAAUAACUGCGUCGCAAAGAGGGAGAAAACCCAAUGACAACACAGAGACUCACAAUUCACACUUUUGUUCAUUGGCUGCUGCUAUUUAUUACCAGAACUUCCAUUUACCCGAGAAUUACCACGAAAAUGAAUCUGGUGCCAGCACUAAAAGACAGAAAGUUGCAUUAAAUAGAUACAAAAAUUUUGCAGAUCUGAUAUAUCAGCUGCAGUUACACCAUAUUCCUUGGUUAGGGAUUGUGCACAUGUACAUUAAAAAAUAUGGUGGUACAAUUAGUGACUUGAAUUACCUGUCCGUAAUCAAAAUAAUAGAGAUAAUUUUAAAUGGCAACUGUCACCAUUUCGAGUGGACAUUACUUGAAGAUAUCACUUGCCUGAUUGUAGAAAAUUUAACUUCAUCAAAAACUUGCAAGACAGAAGAUUUGAAUGAAGGAUUUUUAUCGUUAUGGAAUUCUUGCGUAAGAAACUCUACAUCAGUAAACGAAGCUCAUAAAGCAGUGCACGUUGUAAUGCAAAAGUUAUUGAAAACUAAGAUGUUGAAAUAUCAAAGUGUGCAGCCUUUAAUCAAACUGUAUUUCGAGAAAGGGAUGCCCGUCAAUGACAGCACGGUGGAGACACUGAACUGUAUUGUUCAAAAUUUCUUUAACAAAUGCAGUUCCUUCGAACAGAGAAAAAGUAUUUUAUACUGGUUUAUUGAAGGCGACACAGCUUGUGUAGGAAAAGCGAGUAAAGAAUUACUGUCAAGGCUUGCAGCAAAUGACAACGUCAAUUAUAAACAAACAUCUCACAUGCCCAAUGGUGAUAAUCUAUUCGAUAUUCUAUUUUGUUCAAUCGAGAAGUCAAUUCUAUUCAGUGAAUUCGAACUCGAUUGGUCGACGGCUAUAUAUGCACAUGGACAUGUUCCUGAAAAAUCGGAAGUAAAUAUUGAAAUGAACAACAUUUUGCAAAUGACCUUAGAAAAUAAACUUUGUCAAUUUGCCGAACAACAUAAAAAUAAUAAUUUGGACUUGUUACGAUAUUCACAAUCUAUAAAGAUUGUUAUAAUUUACCUAGAUGUGAUGAUAAAGUCGCAAUUGUUGUCGGUGCGCGAAGUCAAGGAAUUGCAACUAUAUAACCUUUUAAAAAGUUCUUUAAAUCUAAUGUUCGUCUCUUUGGUGAAUACAUUGAAGAAUAAUUCAUCAACACCUAUGAAAAUAACGCUCCUACAAUUUGUAAAAGAACUCCUACUGUAUGAAUAUAGCCCUUUGCUUUCAUUGGAAAUUCGUCAAUCGAUAACAGAUGAAUUUUUUCACUGUGCAAACAAUAUAUUGAAUUUUGAGCAAGAAAUCGAUGAAGACGUAAUAUUCGAUGGUGACGAGAGCGAAAUUAAUGCUACGACAUUAAAGUACAACUGCAUCUACACAUUAGCAGCCUAUUGCCGUAUCCGUGGCAAUUACAGAGAGGAGAUAUUAGAGUUGAUUUUAGAUUCAAAAUUAUACAAUUUCACACUAGUUUGGGACGUAAAAUGUGCAUUACGAUGUAUUGAAAUUUUGAAUGUUCCUGGCGCGGCGGACGAACCACCUUUAGAUGCGAUUUUUGUUUUCAUGCAACAUUUGUGUAAAGACCUAUUUAGAGUUCCUGAUGCAUCGUUUAGUUUAUUAUCCAAUUUGUAUAAAAUGUUGGAACUCCUGUGGGCACACGAUGACGACAUGAAACAAAACACAUUUAUAAUGAUUAGAGGGUACUUGGAGAGAUGCGAAAAGUUAUUCUACCCGACUCCUCUAGCCGCUUUGAUAUUCAAAUGUGCAGCCAAAGUUAUAUUAUUGAAUUCUGGACAAAUUGUCGACGUAGAAGAUAUUUUUAUGAGAUCAAUUAUUAAGAAAUCGAAAGGGGAUUAUCAUUGCAUGCGCAUAUACUGUUGUUAUUUACUCGAAAAACUAACUGAUCGUUCAUAUUUUGACGUUAGGACAUAUUUAUCUGAUAUAUCUGACAUAUUUAGUAAUGUACCGGAAAGGCAACCAGUUAUAUUGAAAGAUGAAUCAUCCAACAGAACUUUAACAGUAUUGCACAGCUUUGUGGUAAUUGCAACUGCGAAAAAAACGCUUUUGCGCAAUAUAAUCACUUGUAUACUGAGCUUACAGAAUGAGAAGUCAUUAGAUAAGCGAAUGGUGAAAAAAGUUUUGAACAUUAUUACUACAAAAUUGGAUAACAAAACUAUAGAUGUGUAUUUAAAUAAACACGUACUUUCGAUUCUUCAAUUCUGGUUUUCAAAAAAAUAUGAUUUGAAAAAUUUGCCUUUGGAAUUUUUUAAUAUAAAAGACCAAACUGAAUUCCUUGACAAACACAUGAAAUGGUUGAUAUCGGCGGAUAUAUUGUGGCGAUGCGGUGGGAAUAUAAAUGACAGUUCAAUAUUACGUCAAACGAAAGCAUUGUAUAAAGUACCUGAAAGCAGCAUUAUUGAGACUUGUUUUAGUAACUUCAUGGUAUUAUGUCUACCAUUUAUCGUCACCGAGAAAUACAAAGUGCGGUAUGAGAAUGCCGAAAAUGACCAGCGCUUUAGACAAAUGAUGUUAAAUGCGAAUAGAAUGUUCCAAAUGACCAGAGAUAUAUUGGAAAACGAGAAGUGGAGUAAUCUCUUCGUGGAAAACGUUGGAGAGAUAUUGUUGGUAGCUGCAACACAUCUGUGCGAUCACAACGAAACGAGGGAGCAGUUCGCAGUGAACUCACUGCCUAAACCUGAGGUUUAUCAGUAUCCAAAGAUAAUUUUUUCUUCAAUUCUCACUUACUUUGGAGAACUUACAGAUGGCAAUAUCAUGUUAUAUCUCUGCGAAAAUCAACCAGUUGCCAUAUUUAAAAUAUUGCUGAAACUGUGGGAAAAUGUAUUGCAAGAAAAUGUUAUAGAGUUAAAAGUGCUCUGUAUACACACAUUCAAAACAUUUGUUGAAUGCAUCCCUUUGGUUGCGCCCGCGGACGCUUUCGUAUGCAAUUACGUGAGCAACUGUUUCGGUUAUGCAAUUAAAAAGACACAGGAUAAAAGAGAAGUAAAAGUUUUGACACAUGCAUUGAAAACUAUUUUAAUGCGAUUACUACCUGCUGAAGUGAACGUUUUGAGGAAGGCUCUAUCGCAGUUAAUGUCCAUUCUGAUAAUUAAGAAGGAAGAAGGUUUUCAAUAUGAAUGCAAUGAUCUACUGGACUACUUGGUUGUGGAUAUGAAAGAUUACAUAAAGGAGCAAGGGGAUGUGGUCGAUUUUAUUAGAUCCAUGUCGUCUCAACGUAAUGUGGAAAACUUGAGUUGUCGGACAUUAAAUGAGUUUUCCGAGAGGCUAGAAACGUACAAGAUUGCCUUGAACUCCCCAAGUUUUGAUUCUCUGGUAAAUUUACAUCAGUUUUUAAAAAUUAACAAAAAUCAUGUAAAUGAUUUGUGUAAAAACCUAGUGAACAUACGGUUCUCAGAGGACUGUCGAAAUAGUAUUAUACACCAAAUUAUAUACGAACUGAACAAUAUAUUGAAAUAUCAAGUCAAUCGGAAGACUAUAAUAGAAGCGUGCAACUGUCUCGCUGAGAUCGGAACGUAUGAUCUAAAGACAUUAGUUACAUUGCCGCCGAUAGACACGCAACGUAUAGUGGGCGGGGAACCGAGGCAAACGCUAGCGUCUAUUGUAGUGACGUCAUUGUUUGAAGUGCUUUUCGACGAGAAUCCCCAGGUCACCAAUAAGGUCACUAAGACAUUGAACCGAUUGUUGAAAUUCAAGGAAGGAGAGGAAGCUAUAGAUUCGGAUGGAAUUGAAAGGCAAAUAUUAAAAGCUUUCACAUCGGACCAAGGCAGUGAAGUAGCUACGUUUAAAAUAGAUGAUGCCAAAUUCAAUCAAAUCGCUGACUUAGACUUUAUGGUACCGGAUACCAAUGAGACUCAUAGCCCAUGGAUAGUCAAGCACACAAUCGCCAUUAUAAAUGUUCUCAUUUCAGAAUUGAAUUAUUUGAAUGCACUUCGAGAAGUUUGCGAGUUAAAGCCUCAGGUCUGUCGAAAGAUUUUUCCGGCUCUGAUUGGUGCACUGAUAUACUUUUCAUCAGAGAAGCACAUUAAAAUAAUUUGUGGGCAAAUAAAUAAUUUCUUCAACCACUUUUCGGAAAUAUCUUACGACAAUGACGUUGGAAGCAGCGUAGAGAGCGUUGAUUAUAAGAAAACUGGCGCCUUAGAUCAAAACCAGAAAAUAAUAAUACAAAUCAUGUUAGAUGUCGUCGACUUUGUUAGGUUGCAGAGAAAUCGUUAUAAAUCGAGAUCAAUGCGUUUAGAGGUAUUAAACUAUUUGAAACUGGACUACGAUAAAGUGGCUUGGGCUGCGACAGUGGUGGACCAAAACUUGUCGGCGAUUUAUUACGGCGAGCUGUGGACGACGACCAUGAACGAUGGAGUGCCUCCUUCCUCGCCUGAAGCGACCACCGCCCUCGACGGCGGCGGAGACCUGCAGAGGAUAUUGAGAAAGAGUUUCGUAUCAAUCGGCGAGUUGGACGCGGUGGACGGUUGUGGAACGGCGCAUUUAACCAUAGAGGAUGAGAAACGAAAACAUCUGACUAAUACUGGGCAGUACUCAGAUGCGUUACUGUUGCACGAUAUUGCGUUGUCCAGUGGGAAAGACGAACCUACGUUACGUCGCGGUGUAUUGCGCUCGCUACAUAAAUCUGGCAUGCAUCACUUGGCAUUGCAGUAUAUCAAAUCGCUGCCGGAGAGCGAGCAACUCAACGACAUCAAAUAUGAAUGUCUAUCGUUCCUUGGUGACUGGAGUGAGUUCGUGGAUACACGCGAUUUAGAAGAGAAACAUACUGUCCCUAAUCGCAACACAGAGUCUUUACUCAAAGCAUUCCGUUACGCUUGUCUGAAGGACUGCCUCAACAUUCAAAUGAAACCCGAAUUUCAAGACAAGCUAGUACAACCUUUGAGCAGAGCAAAAGUUGCUGUUGCGAAACUAUGCCAACAAUUGAAUAUGGAGAACUGUCAAAAUGUUUACAAAGUGUUGUCGAAAUUGCAUUUAUUUACCGACAUCGAAGAUUUUUUCUCAGUAAGAUGCCAGAAAUUACCACUAAGUGAUUUACUAUCAAAAUGGCGAGCGGAGAACUUGCCUGCUUUUCAGGAUUUUAAGCACUUAGAAGAUGUCAUAUCUCAACGUAAUUUACUUUUGGAAUAUUCAGCUAAGAGUGAUGGAAAUGCGUUGAAAGAUAUAGUGCCACUGCAAUUGGGAUAUGUGGAGCUCUGUCUAAACAACCAAAGAAUUCAAAUGGCCCAACGCCUUUUAGCAGUUGUGAAAAAGCUGCAAGCAUCUAAAGAGGUGACUAUGUUAGAAAGCCAAAUAUCUUGGGCCAAAGGGCACAAAGAUAUAGCUUUAUCGUUGCUACGAAAUGUAGUUUCUAGCGCUGGUAGUGCUCAAUCAACAGACUUACAUCAGGCUGCCGUGUCGCUAAGGCAAUAUGGCUUAUGGAUGGCAGAAUCGAAGUCCGACAAUGCACGCGACAUAAUUAACAAAUAUUUGAAAAGGAGCCUUGAACUGACACGAGGUGAUGACUUGAAGACUAGACAGAAGAUUUAUUUCGACAUUGCUAAAUUUGCUGACGCAGAGUACAAACAGGUUGUAACUUAUAUGAAUUCCUCAAUAUUUGAACAUAAAGUCAAGUGUUUGGAAAACAUUAAAGAAACCGCAUCCUCAUUGAAAUUGACCCAAUCGUCUACGAUGACAAGAGAUGAGAGGAAAUCAUUGCUUACAAAUCAAAGGUUCGAGCAGCUGGAAGAAGCAGAGAUAGCCAGCACGAAAGCCGAAAAACAGACAUUCCUGCAUUUAGCGAUGAGAUACUACUUGCUUUCGUUGCAAGAAUGCGAAGAGAACGACUUAUCCGUUUUCCGUGUGAUAUCACUGUGGGUAGACAAUCCUAGUUUGCAGCUGGACUCGUCAGAAAGUGGUACUUUCGAGGAGUUGCUGCAUAGAAUACCCUCGCACAAGUUUAUCACAGUUCUACCUCAGUUGGCGCCGAGGCUGAGCGAGGAAGACACAGCAUUCGCUAAAAACCUCAGACGCAUAUUAAGUCGAUGUGCAAUAGAACACCCUCAUCACACACUACCGAUUCUGUUCAGUUUGAAAAACUCUGAUAAAGACAAGUACAUACUGAAUAGCUGCCAAGAUGGCAAACGCAAAGCGCGUCAUAAUGUAACUCAAGAACCUCGCGUAAUCGCUGCAGAAGCUCUAGUCAGAAAAGUAUCAACUGCUAUACCAGUGAUCGUGACGCAAAUGGAGAAACUUUGCGAUGCGACAAUAAGUUUUGCCAACUAUAAUCCCACCGCCAAAGAACAGAAACAAAAAAUACCAUCAGCAGAGAACAUACACAAACUGUUCUACUUGGAUGCUAUACCCAUUCCUACCGUGACUCUACCUAUACGAAGUGAUUGUGACUACAGCAACAUAAGCACGUUCGUAUCAUUCGAUGACUACUUUGAGCUUGUUGGAGGAAUCAAUUGCCCUAAAAAAAUUAACUGCAAAGGUUCUGACGGAUUCAAAAAGAUUCUAUUGAUAAAGGGCCAGGACGACCCAAGGCAAGAUGCUGUUAUGCAACAAGUCUUCAAUAUUGUGAAUAAUUUAUUGGAGAAGAACGCUAUCACGAAUAGGAAUAAACUUAUUAUCCGAACUUAUAAGGUGGUCCCAUUGUCCCGUCAAUCAGGAGUGUUGGAAUGGUGUGAAGGCACUAUCCCCGUGGGCUCAUAUUUGGUAGGAACAUCGGCCAAUGAAGGGGCACACGCCCGGUACCGACCGCGGGAUAUUUCUUGCCUCGCUGCUCGUCGGAAACUUCAAAAUUGUCACGAGUUGAGGAAAACUAACAGAGAAAAAUUGGCAGCAUUCAAUUCUAUUUUGAAGGAGUUCAAACCAGUUUUCCACUAUUUCUUUACUGAGCACUACCUCGACCCGGUCACGUGGUACGAGCGUCGACUGGCGUACACAAAAAGUGUGGCUACUUCGUCAAUGGUAGGAUUUAUUUUGGGCCUUGGUGACCGGCACGUACAAAACAUAUUGAUAGACAAGAAAACGGCUGAAGUUAUACAUAUAGAUUUUGGUAUUGCUUUUGAUCAAGGCAAAGCUCUGCCGACACCGGAAACCAUACCGUUCCGACUAACGCAAGAUAUAAUUGCCGGAUUUGGAUGCAGUGGAGUAGAAGGGAUGUUUAGAAGAUGCUGUGAGAAGACGCUGCAACUACUUCGCGACAACCGCGAGACUCUACUGACGAUCUUGGAAGUGCUUCUAUGCGACCCUUUAUACGCGUGGCGUAACGUGAGGACCCAACAAACUAGCACACCAGCGCCUGGCAACAAAGAUACUACAGUUUGUGGUGUAUCGGGAUCAAACAGCGGCCUGGCCGAGCGCGCCUUACUCGCCGUCAGUAGCAAACUAAGCGGCACCGAGGGCGGAGUGGCAGGGGGCGUGGCAGUGCCGGGACAAGUGGCGCGGUUGAUUAAUACUGCCACCGACCCCGCCAACCUGUGCCGACUGUUCCCCGGCUGGCAACCUUAUCUGUGACAGAGCGCGGAACUUACCUACAGCUGCGCAGCGAAAUAAACUAAUGUAGGGUGAUGUAGGCGCACCGAACUAACUGCUUACUAAACACCCGCCGUAAUCAUAAUCAUUGGCUAUUACAAGCACUCCUGAAUGUCUAGAAGCUACGUCAUCGUUUCGUAAAUCUACGGCGGAAGACUUAGUACUGAGAAGAACCGGCAAGAAACUCAGCAAGGGCUGAUUUUUUCUCCCUGUUUUAUUAUUUACAGAGUGGUCAAAUUGAAAAAUGACUUCAGAGAUGAUUCAUAAAGUCACCUUUCAUUACAUUUCAUCUUUCAUCGUAAAAUUACAAACACAUAAUACCACUGUGAUAGUCCUAAGGAUCAAAAUGGACUAUUUAUCGGAAUAAAAUUUCUAUUUUUAUUUCUUUUGUUUUAUUUUUAUCAGGAAAGUUUUUUAUGUUAAGAAUUACUGUCGAAUUGAGAACUACACUCCUUUUUGUAAUCUGUCAAAAAGGGUCACCAACAACCAUGUUGCUCGGCUGAUGGUAAGCGGCUGCCGUACUGAACAUAAAGUAUCACUCGUGCUUUAUCUACCCUAACCCCAUCCCCAAUACCUUGGUGCCCUAGAACCUAAGUGACAGAAACCGAUCGGGGUGAUUUCGCCGUGAGAAGCAAGCUGAGCAGUACCGAGAGUGGAGUAGCAGGGGGGUGUUGCAGUAGCGGGGGUUUUUUUUUAGUGUAGCAUACACACUAGGUCGCAGAUGACCUUUACAGCGUCACCGGGUUUUGGGGACGGCGAGAUCCCAAGGGUACCUCAAGGCGAGAAUUGGCGAGUGCCUCUAGAGGUAUUCCAGGCGGAUGACAUCUCCCCGCUUGGGGAGUCUUCUCUCCGUCUGGAGCCUCUAGACCACUGGAACCUGUUGGGGGUCGGCUUAACUAGAGGGCAAAGUAACUUACCUAUUGGCUUUUUAUUAUUACCUCCCACAAAAUAAACACCUCUUAUGUUUUUAUUAAUUUUUAAGCAUUUAACUGCUAGAUGUUUAAAUCUAAGAAAAAGUUUUACUAGAAAAAAAAAAUCCGCGCGGACCAGGCAGCGGACGGGACUCGUACCCGCACCCUUCGCAAUCCGGGCGAAUGCACUGUCCAUUAUGCUACCACGGCCCUAUCGGCCGCGUCGAAAUUUUCCUAGCCUUAAGCUGCAAGGCAGCGCUAUCUCUUCGCAUUGUAGGUAACCCACAAUGUCAAAUG